CAUAGUUAAGAAGAAGAAGAAGUAGUCAUUGAUUUAGAAAGUAUGUCUAUAUCAAAGGAAGAGUAUGCUGCACUUGAGCAGGAAGUCAACUUAGACGAUAUUGACUUUAGUGAUUUAGAAGAAAAAUAUACUGUUGAUAAUGUGGGAUUAGAUAAUUAUGUUGUAGUCGAUGGAGCUCCUAUUGCACCAGAAGCAAAAGUUCCAGUAUUAUUAAAAGUUUUAAAGAAAAUUUUUAAUGAUGUUGGAGAAGUUGUUGAAGGAGAUGAUGGAAUUCAUAUGCCAUUAGAAAAUGGAAAAUCAAAGGGUUAUUUAUUUGUUCAAUUUAAAACUAAUGAACAAGCUGAAAGAGCUGUUAAAGAAUUAAAUGGUAAAAAAUUAGAUUUAAAACAUAGAUUAUUAGUUAAUAGAUUAUCAGAUAUUGAAAAAUUCGGAGUUGAAGGAAAUAUUCCAUCAGAAUUUAAACAACCUGAAUUACCUCCAUUUAAAAGUCAUGGAUAUUUAAAAUCUUGGUUACAAGAUGAACAAGGUAGAGAUCAAUUUGGUUUACACUUUUCUGAAACUUUUGGAGUUUAUUGGAAUAAAAAGAAAUUAGAUCCAGAACCUGUUUUUGAACCAAGAAAAGCUUUUACUUCAAAGUAUGCUAAAUUUUCUCCAAAGGGUACUUAUUUAUUUUCAAUUCAUCCUCAAGGUGUUCAAGCUUGGGGUGGUGCUGAUUUUUCAAGUAUUAAUAAAUAUAUUCAUAAUCAAGUUCGUUUAGUUGAUUUCUCACCAAAUGAAAAAUAUAUGGUAACUUUAUCACCAGUUCCAAUUACUAUGCCUGAAGGUACAGUUGAUAGAAGUAUUUUCCCAUUUGGUCCUGAAUCUGAAGGUCAUAAAUUAGUUAUUUGGGAUUUAGUUACUGGUCAACCAGCUAGAACUUUUGCUUUACCACCUCAUUUGGAAAGUCAAAAGGAAAUGCCAUGGCCAUUAGUUAAAUGGUCCUUUGAUGAUAAAUAUUGUGCUCGUCAAGGUCCAGGAGCUUUAGCUAUUUAUGAAACUCCAUCUUUCCAAUUAUUAGAAAAGAAAUUAGUUAGAAUUGAUGAUAUUGUUGAUUUUGAAUGGGCUCCAGCUGGAGUUCAUCUUAGUAACAGUAAAGUUGAAGGUGGUGAACAUGUAUUAUCUUAUUGGACACCAGAAAGUCCAAAUCAAACUGCUAGAGUUGCUUUAAUGCAAAUUCCUUCUAGACAAGUUCUUAGAACCAUUAAUUUAUUCCAAGUUAGUGAUUGUAAAAUGCAUUGGCAAAGUGAAGGUAGACUUUUAUGUGUUAAAGUUGAUCGUCAUACUAAAUCUGGUAAAACUGUUUUUACUAAUUUAGAAUUCUUUAAGACUUUUGAAAGAGAUAUACCUGUUGAAAAAUUAGAAUUAAAGGAUGUUGUUGUUAAUUUUGCCUGGGAACCAAAAUCUGAAAGAUUUAUUACUAUUUCUAGAUUAGAUGAUGGUAAUAUUAAUCCAUCAAUUCCAAAGAAUACUGUAUCAUUUUAUGCUACUGAACCAGCAGCUAAAGGUAAAGCUGCUGCUUAUAAAGUUUUCCAUUCAUUUGUUAACAAACAUUCUAAUACUGUUUUCUGGUCUCCAAAGGGUAGAUAUGUUGUUGUUGCUACUAUUUCAAGAAGUAAUGGAGAAAUUGAUUUUGUUGAUGUUUCAUUUGAAGAUGAUAAAGCUAAAAAGAGUCCAGCUAAUAUUAAAUUAUUAAGAAAUGAAAGAUUUUCUGGUAUGACUAAUAUUGCUUGGGAUCCAUCUGGAAGAUUUGUUAGUGCAUGGUCAUCAUCUUGGUUAAGUAAUAUUGAAAAUGGUUAUAGAAUAUAUGAAUUUAGUGGAGUUCAAUUAAGAGAAGAAUUAGUUGAUCAAUUUAAAGAAUUUAUUUGGAGACCAAGACCUGCUUCAUUAUUAACUGGAGCCGAUAAAAAGAAGGUUAGAGCCAAUAUUCGUGAAUAUAGUGCCCAAUUUGAAGAAGCUGAUGCUAUGGAAGCUGAUGCUAGAGUUAGAGAAGCUAUCUUAGCUCGUAGAAAGGCCUUAGAAGAAUGGAGAGCUUAUAGAGCCCAAUUUGCUGGAAAAGCCAUCAAAUCAAGUGACGUUCAAGAAGAAAUCAUUGAAGAAAUCAAAGAAGAAAUCUUUGAAGAAAAGGAAGAAAUUAUCGAGUAAAUUGUACAGUAGUUUUUAACAAAUAACAAUAUUCAUAUUAAACUUUAAACGUUUUA